CAAGGUGUCGAUUCCACCGACUCCGACCUCCGCUACAUGGCCUACGGCGCGCGACUGAGGACCGCCCUCCGCGCCGGCCACCGCUAUAUCGCCUAUACCAGUGAUGUCGGCGAGGCCUUCCGCCCCGUAGUACAUCCUGCGGUUGUCACCGCUGCGUAUGGCGUAUCGUGGCUAUACCUCGCAGGUGACGUUGGGUACGAGACCUACAAGGCCCAUCGACAAGGCCCGAGCGCGCUCGAGGCCGCACAUUUCUCGGAGCCCACACGUCUGACGAUGGUCGCCGUCAAGCGCUCCGCCUUUCAGUCCAUCGCGUCGAUGGCACUGCCCGCUUUCACGAUCCACACGGCCGUCCGACAGGCCAAGAAGGCGUUCGCAAACGUGCAAAACCCGCGUGUCCGGACGUGGGCGCCCACCGUCACCGGUCUCGCCAUCGUUCCCGUGCUGCCGUACAUAUUCGACAAGCCUGUCGAACAUGUGACGGAUGUCGCUUUUGAGUGGAUAGAAAAGCAGCUCGCACGUUCCACCAGCGCAGAGCCGCGCAAGCCGGAGCUAUGA